CAGACAGACAUACAAACAAACCUUACGUUUAGUAUUAUAGAUCUACAUUUCUAAUAUUUAAUAUUAUAUUUAUUAUACUUCAAAGUCAACAUUAAUAACAAAAAUUCGUAACAAAUAAUUUCAAAAUGCCUGCGACAAAGUAGCGAAUCAUUUUUUAAGAAAUAAAUAUAUCAGCGAUAAUAAUUAUCAUUUCUGUUUACUUUGUUUCCCGCUUAUUAUCGCCCGAUGAAAAAACAUGGAGCGUAAGCAUUUUGAUAGGGGGUCGUCAUAUGUUUAGCUUGUGACCACUUGUGACAUUAUUGAAUAGUACUAACGAGAAAGUGACCAUUUACAAUCGUAAAAUUGAUAUUAAAAUACUUUCACGUUAAGAUGACAGGAAAAAGUAUCAUUAUUGAUUGUGAUGCUGGAAUAGAUGAUGCAUUGGCAUUAAUUAUACUUAUUGCUGCUCAUAAGCAGAAAGAAAUUGAAAUUAAAGCAAUCACCUGUGUCAAUGGAAAUACAACAGUAGAAAAUGUAGUUAAAAAUGUUUUUAAAACGUUAGAUGUUUGCGAAGUGACAGAUAUACCAGUUUUUCAAGGUGCAUAUGCACCUUUACUUUGUACUCAGCAUACUGAACAAGCUGCUGAAGAGCAAUAUCACGGCGGUGAUGGCUUUGGGGAUGUAUAUACAACUAAAAUGGACACGAGCAGUUUGCAAACAGAACAUGCUGUUUGUGCUAUGAAUAGAAUUGUAUCACAAUAUCCUGACAGAAUUACUGUUGUAUGUAUGGGUCCUUUGACAAAUAUAGCAUUAGCUAUAAAAAUGUAUCCUCACUUUGUUGAGAAUGUAAAAGAAUUUUAUAUUAUGGGAGGGAAUAUAACAGCACAGGGUAAUAUAACACCACAAGCAGAAUUCAAUUUCUAUAUGGAUCCAGAAAGUGUACAUAUAGUUCUUAAUUGCAACAAAAAACCAUUGUGGUUAUUACCAUGGGAAACAUGUUUAAAAUCUUAUAUUUCACAUGAAUGGCGACAAAAAGUAUUUGGCCAAAUAGAGAAACCUUGCAUUCAACUAAUGAAUGAUAUCGAAGAUGGAUGCAGUAAAACAAGAAAGAAACACUUUCCUACUUAUAUAGUGUGCGAUGCAAUUUUAGCUGGAAUUUUAUUAAGACCAAAAAUUGCUCAAGAUGUGGUAGAAUAUCAUGCAGAUAUUGAAUUAAGUGGUAACAGAACAAGAGGUCAAGUGGUUCUUGAUCAUUUAUUGUCAAACAAACCUAAUGUGUUUCUAAUUCAACGUUUUGAUUCAGAAAUGUUUAAAGAUCUUUUAAUAUCUUCUGUUCACAAUUGUCAUAAAAUUGAUGUCCAAUAAAAUGUUAAAAUCAAUAAAACAGAAAACUUUAUGUACAGAAAGAAAAUAAAUUUAUAUAUGUAUAUUUUA